AUGAAGUUGAAUCUGGCCACUGGCCUCAUCUUCUUCCUCGCUUCCACUGAAGCUGUGGCUGCUUCGAGCUGGUGGAGCAAGGCUGUUUACAACAAAUGGCAUGAAACAGAGCUGGAGCGAUGGCUCUCCGACCAUGAUAUUCCCCACCCUAGUCCUGCCGACCGCCGAGAUCUAGAGAACCUAGUCAAAACCAACUGGGAUAACAGAGUGCAGAAGCCUCUUGGAUAUGUUGCUGACCAAGCCAAUGAUCAGCUUCAUCAUGCUAAAGAGUGGAUUUUUGAUACACCUGUGGCAAUGCGACAAGAAGCUGAUCGAAAUAGUUGGUCCGACACUCAAUUGAAGGCAUUCCUUGAUCGCCAUGGUAUUCCAGCCCCCCAGCCCCGCAAGCGUGACAUCCUGAUCAAGACCGCGCGCGAGAAUUAUGAGAAGGUUGCUACAAAGGUUGGUGAGGCGGCCUCCUACCCCGGAGAUUGGUUGUAUGAGAACUGGUCCGACUCGGAUCUCAAGGAAUGGCUGGAUGAGCGUGGAUGGCCUGCUCCCCAGCCUUCCACCCGUGAUAAGCUCAUCGCAUCGGUGCGACGGAACUCUCGCAUCGUCAGCUUGCAGGCACGCAGUAUCGCUGCAUCUGCUUCGGCUGAGGCUGAGGCUGCGAAGGAGUCCUUGAGCGAGGAGCUUUUCAACGCUUGGUCCGACUCCAAGCUGAAGGAGUUCCUCGAUGAGCAUGACGUCAAGGUUCCCCAGGGCUCAAAGCGGAAUGAACUUAUCGCUCUGGCUCGCAAGCACCGCUACAAUCUUUCUAACCGGGCCUCGAGCGUAGCCUCAAGUGCGACUGAUGCUGCCCAAGAUGCGUUCGGCGCUGCUACCACCAAGGCCGGCAACGAGUAUGCACGCGCCACUGACAAUGCUAAACUAAAGAUCGAGGAUGGGUUUGAAACCGCAUUGAAUGGCUGGUCUGACUCCCGCCUCAAGGCAUUCCUUGAUGCCCGCAGUGUCCCCGUUCCUCAGAAUGGCAAGCGUGAUGAGCUCAUUGCGUCAGUUCGCGCCAACGCCCACAAGGCUGCUGGUGGAUGGAACCAGUACAACUUUGAUACUUGGGACAAGGAACACCUCUUGAAAUACCUCUCUGCCGUGAACCACAAGGCUGCCAACAAGGCCAGUGCCUCGCGCGAAGAGCUCAUUAAAAAUGCUCAAGAGUACUAUGCUAAGGCUUCUAAAGCUGGCGGCGAACAGUACGCAUCUGCAACUGCCUCUCUCGCACAGGUAACUGGCACGGCCAAGGAUGCCACCUUCGACCAGUGGUCGCAGUCCGAGCUCAAGAAAUAUCUGGAUAACUACGGCAUUCCUACCUACCAGGGCUCCAGCAUCAACGAACUCCGAGCCGCAGCUCGGCGCAAUGCCCAAUACUUCAAGUACGGCACCACAAACCCUCAGGAUACCAUUUAUGCCAGAAUUAUGGAUACUUUCCACUGGGCUGUGGAGCAGCUGAAGAUCGGCGCUGCUAGCGGCCGGGCCCAGGGUACCGAGGCUGCCGAGAAGGUCCAGAAGAAGGUCUCUGAGCACACCGAGAGCUUGCGUGGUGAACUGUAA